AUGACAUUGGUGUGCUCGGGUUUCCCAGUUGGCUCUUCCAUGAGCACCAACCCUUUUUAUUUGACCUGCCAGCUGUAUGGGCAAUGGGAUUCGUGCCUGGUGCUGCUGAGCAGCUGCCUCUCCAAGGUGGGCAGGGGUGAGGAGCUGCCCCUUGGGAAGCCUCUCCUGGAGUCCCUUCUCCACAAAAGGUCCUUCCGCAACGGCGUCGGAGCGGGAAUUAAAAAAACUUCCUUCCGAAGGGCAAAGUCCUGA